UCUCUGGUCCCAUAGCUUUCGUCAUCCAGUUCAUGAAUUUUGAAGCAUUGGCUGAUGAAGCGCCCGGACCCGCCUGCUUGUACUCCAGGAAAUGAUGAUGUCAUCAGAGAAUUCUUCGGCGGCCGGCGCGGCGGACGACGAGUCGAGGCUGGAGCCGUGGCGCGAGCUCUUCCGCGAUCGCGACAUCUACGACGUGAUCAGCAAAGCCAUCCUCGUCGCCGCCACCGACUCGCCGCAGGAGUUCCGGCGCCGCCGUGACGGCAUCGUGGAGCAGAUAUACACCGCGCCGACCGUGCCGGUUCCGCAGGGAAGGGCCGCGGGCGAGCGCAGCGGCAGAGCAGCGCUGGAGGUGUCGGAUAAGGGAAGCAAAGUGGCGAGCUGCACGGUCGUCGCGCCAGCAGAUGAAGGUAACAACAGCAAGAAGAAGGGCACCGCCGCUGCCCAUCAUCAGCACGCAAAUGGCAACGGUGACAGCGCCGACACUGACGCCUUCGGUGCGAGUGGGAUGGACUGGCUGCAGUCUCUUGCUGAAGAGAUGGACGCAGAAACCCAGCAGAUCGAUGAGGUUCUUCGGAUCAAGGAAAUCCUCCUGAAUCACCAUGAGCUGUCAUCUGACACCUUGUUCGAUUCACUGAGGAGGCUACAGCUGAUGCAGCUCACUGCGGAUAAAAUCAAGAGUACUGAAAUUGGGGGUGCAAUUGCGGCAAUGAGGAAGCACAAGUCACAUAAAAUCAGGAUGCUUGUGCACAAAAUCGUCAAGGACUGGAAAGCUAUCGUUGAUGAUUGGGUUGCUGCUACAAAAGCUACGAUGGAUAGUGGCUCAAAUAAACAUAUGGAUACAUCGGAUACAGUUAGCACAGAAGAUGGAGGACUAGCUACUCCACCUAUGGACAUUGGAGCACUCUAUCUUGUGAGCCAUGGAACAGAAAUCCAAAAUGUCUCCGAGUUCCUUCACGGCAUGGACGACGACGAUAGGAUAACAGGAAAAAGGAGGCCGUCUAGGAACAUGAGCCCGCCAGUAACACACAAGAAAACGACACAGGAGCAAGGAUCGCAAGCCCCUCGUGUGCGCAUCAAAGUUAGGCACUCUAGUACUGAACACGCACGAUGGGUACUUUCUAAAAGGAGUUCUGUUGAGAAGAAAUCCUUUGAGGAGAAUCAUGGUACAGUUACAAGAAUUUCUCCUGUUCUUGAAGAGGGGGAGCUGCCGUCAGGCCACGUCCUUCUUGAGAAAAAUGGGAUGCCAACCCAAUCAUCAGCUGGACCGGAGGUAGGGAUAUGGAAGAGGAAGAGGAACGCUCAGUUAACUGAAAUGGACAUGGAUGAGACGAAGCGCAAGCUCCGUGGAGCUUACCAGGAAGCAGAAAACUCGAAACAGAGACGUGCAAUCCAAGUAGUGGAGCUGCGUGACAUUGCAAGAUCGAGAGACAAUAAGCACGUAAUUCGCUGCAGGAACCCUUCCACGAAGUCAAUGGAUCUCACCAACAGGACCCACACGACGAACCCAAGUUAGAUAAUCAAGAGUUGGGAAAAUGAUCGGUGGAAAUGAGAGUAUUAUUGUACUGUUGGUGUUUGUUCCUCUAAAUUAUCUGCUUUUUGGUGAUCCAUGUAGAUUAAUUAUAGUUCUACUGCGCUGUUAGUAUUAUUUAUAUCUCCAAUCUAGACUAGUCGCUUUUUGGUAUUGUGGGAUUACAGUUGUGUAAUCCUUGUUUAGGAGAUUCUUUAGACAGUGAUAUUGUAAACACACGCGAUCACCCAGGAUAGUUUCUCUCACGACGAGUCAAUUCGCUCGUUAUCUCAGACCGACG